AUGCUCGCGAAAACUUUCGGCCUCGGGAGGAGUUUCGACUCCCAGGAGAAAAAAAGGUAAGGAUCCCCCAUGAGUGACCAUCAAAGCGCGGACGACGGUCUUUCGCCGGCGAAGCUCCCCCUCGGAGUGAAUGUCAAUCAGGGCACUGGUCAACAGACCAUUUCUGUUCUCAAAGUCUACCUCAACAAUGGUGAAUUCCGUAGCGUGAAAUGCGGAGAUGCCACAGACGUGAAGGGCAUCAUUCACCUCCUUUGUGGCCAAUUAUGCCCGACGACGUUACCUCUGGAAAUUCUAUUCGCACUUCGAUUGAGACAUGCCGCGACCGGUGAGAUUCAGUGGAUACAUCGCGAUACCACGAUGUACCAGGUUCUCGAAAAGUAUCUUCCCCAACAUUCACUCAACGAUUGGCGUUUCGAGCUGCGAGUCCGAUAUCUCCUCGCAAAUCUCAAUGAAUUCAGUACUCGCGAUCGAGUCACAUUCACCUACUUCUACGAACAAGUUAAAAAUGAUUACCUCCGAACGUUCGAUGAAGUUGAUCUCGAAUUGGCCAUCACUUUGUGUUGCCUCGAAAUUCGAAGGUUCUACAAAGAUAUAUCACAACUGGCAAUCGACAAAAAGUCUAACCUGGAGUUCCUCGAACGCGAGGUCGGUCUCGAUCGGUUCCUGCCCCAAAAUAUCGUCAGCCAGCACAAACCCAAAGCGCUCAGGAAGAUGCUUCAGUCUCAUUUCAAGAAUUUCGUUCGGCUGAACGAAAUCCAGUGCAUGCAUCAGUUUCUCCAAACGGUCAGGAGCGUCGUCGGAUACGACCGAGAAAUUUUCCCAUGCCAGCUAGGGACCGGCUGGACAGUCUCCGUUGACUUGGUGAUUUCGUGUGAAUCGGGAAUCGGGUACCUGACCGACAAAAACGGUUCCCUCAACCACGUCGGAUCCUUCAUCCAGGUGCAAAACAUUCAAACAGUCGUGCAGGACGGCCAAAAGCCUCAGCUCCAGCUGAGGAUAGCGGGAACCGCCGACGUUCUGAGUAUUUCCUGCGAUAGUUUGCGAACCGCCGAGGGCAUCGCUGAUCUCAUCGAUGGUUAUUGUCGGCUGGUACAUAGCACACAAGCCUCGUAUUGGACCAGAAAAGACAACCAUCCGCCGCGCUAUCGGAGGAGCUCAGCCAAAACGCGCAAUGGAAUCGGGAAGCAACGCAAUUCGGAAGACUACGCCGAAAUUGUCGACGAUGACGGGGACUAUUCGACAGCGACGAAAGACUAUGAAUUGGACCGGACAACCAUAACAUUGGGUGAAAUCAUCGGAGAAGGUCAAUUUGCCGAUGUCUAUAGGGGGGUCUGGAGAAAUAAGGAUGGGUCGAGUCUACAAGUUGCAAUAAAAACGUGCAAAGUGGAGAACCAGGAGGGCAUCGGCGACAAGUUCCUAGACGAAGCCUACACCAUGAAACAGUUCGAUCAUCCUCACAUUAUCAAACUCAUGGGUACCUGCUCCGAGUCGCCAAUCUGGAUCGUGAUGGAGCUGGCAAAGCAUGGAGAGUUACGAGGCUACUUGCAACAGAACCGGGAACGGGUACAAUUGCACCACCAGUUAUUAUAUGCCUACCAGCUGUCGACCGCGCUUUCGUAUCUGGAGUCGAAGAAAUUCGUGCACAGAGAUAUUGCCGCUAGAAACGUUUUGGUUGCGUCGCACGAUUGUGUCAAGCUAGCCGAUUUCGGACUCUCUCGAGUUCUGCAUGAUGGUUCGUGCUACAAAGCGUCCAACGGCAAACUGCCUAUCAAAUGGAUGGCUCCCGAAUCAAUUAAUUUUAGACGAUUCACAACCGCGAGUGACGUGUGGAUGUUCGCUGUAUGCGUUUGGGAAAUCCUCAUGUAUGGUGUGAAACCAUUCCAAGGAGUGAAGAAUAAUGACGUAGUUGGACGGAUCGAGGAUGGCGAACGGCUUCCCCUGCCCACACAAUGCCCACCGAGGCUUUACAGCAUCAUGUCGGUGUGUUGGUCGUACGAGCCGAGUAAACGACCCCAAUUUCAUGCCAUCAAAGAAGCUCUCAACGAAAUCUACAAUGAGGAGAAAACUCAAGCCGAAUGUGUUCGUCGAGACACGCGGCGUAAUAAUACUCUCUCGUGGGGAUCUUCGGGAUCUGACGAACCGCCUCCAAAGCCCGCCCGACCGUUGAGCGAUAGGAAUAGCGUUUGCGGAACUCCUCAGCCGCAAGGUACGCCGCCCCAAGCUCCAGUGACGUAUAUCGUAGCGGAGACACCCGAGGUUCUCGCUCGGCUGAUGAGAGAAAACGAUGGGGCAAUACCUCCUGCUUGGGCAUACGUCGCUCCCGCUUCACCGACGAACACAUUCGCGAAUGUUUCAGAGCCCUCGGAAUUCUUGGAGAAGCGUCUGUUAGAGAUCAAGUUGAAGGAACAGCAGAGGGAAAUAGAACAAGACCAGAGAUGGUUGAACGAGGAAGCUUCAUUUCCACAGCUGGAAAUGGCGCACAAGGUACUCAGCAAAGAUAUGGCGAAUUUAGUUCAAGCCAUGAAGUUAGCCCACCGAUAUUACAAGACCGCUCUGGAUGGCGAGUAUCGGAAAGCCAUGUUGGCCUCGGCUCACGCUCUAGCCGUAGACGCUAAGAACCUCCUGGACACCGUAGACGUCGUUUGCCACGGUCUGGUCGCUCAACGCCGAUUAAUAGCUGCAGUAGCUAUGGAGGUAGUCUCCCUCGCACGGGUUUCGUUGCGGGAAUGGUGGAAGCAAUCAACAACUCGUCUGCGUGCUCGACGCCCACCAGCAAUCCACCAUCACCUUUCGCAUUCCCACCGAUGACGAAGCAAAGCUCAACUUCAAGCCUGGAGGGUCCCGCUCCGCAGCGUCUCCUCGACGGCAAUCACCAGAU